AUGUACCAGUUCUCUGGAGAAACACAGUUUAACUGUCCUACUGAUUACGAACCCACCUGCGGGACUGAUGAUGUGACCUAUCCCAAUGAGUGCUCCCUCUGCAGAGAAAUCUUCCGUAACCAAGCCAUUGACAAGAAGCAUGAUGGAAGAUGUGUUAAGUUUGACUGUAGUGGCUACCUGAGACCACUCAUCGGUCGUAUGAACCCCUGCACCAUGGAGUACAUGCCCAUCUGUGGCACCAAUGGGAUUACUUACAGAAACAAGUGCCACUUCUGCAAUGCUGUGGUGAAUGGACUAGACAUGGACCUGAGCAAUCUUGGAGAAUGCGCCAAGGAGGAGAUUGACUGCAGUGAACAGACUGGCAACAAUCUCAUCUGCUCUGCUGACUAUAGCCCACUUUGUGGCUCCGAUGGCACAACUUACGGAAACAAGUGCCAUUUCUGCAAUGCAGUUUCAUUGAGUCGGGAAGGUCUGUUCCUCAAGCACCGUGGAGAAUGCUGA